CGCACUCUCGUCAGAAGAGCCGUUGCUGCGGCCCAGUCCGGAGCGCCCGUUCGCCGCCGCCGCCGCCGCCGCCUCCGCGCCAUGGCGCCCAACAUUCAGGGCGAGCAGGAGCCGCAGCGGCCAAGCAGGCGAAUACCCCUUGACGGUAUCGCCUCGGGCGCGGAUUCGAAUUUCUUCUCGGGUAUGGAUGGUUGCUUAUGUGAUGUGGCUUGGUAUGACUCUCCUAAUCACCAAGGUACUGACAUAACAGAAGCCUUUGAAGCUCACCACAUAUCGCAGACGGCAGAAUAUCUCCUACCACGCUUCUUCGUACGGAAGAUUACUACACCUCGUAACUCCCCAUAUACUUUUCAUAAGGAUGGAUUUUAUUGUACACUCAGGAAACGAGUUUUUGAGACUCUGAAAGGAAAAGUCACAGGGCCAACAAGACAUUCCACUAUUACAGCAGAUUCUUUAUUAGUAGGAGCUCUUCUGACAGCUGUAUUGGCCGGUUACUUCUGGAGUUUUACUUUGGGAACCAUUUCAGGCAUUUACCUUGCACUGACAACAGUUAGUGCACAUAAUUUUUUCCAUCAGAAAAACAACUUUCGAAUGUACUACUUCGAUCUCUCUCUAAUGUCUUCCAGGCACUGGAGAGUAAGUCAUGCUCUGAGUCAUCAUUUAUUUCCAAAUUCUGUUCUGGACUUGGAGAUUUCUCUGUUUGAACCUAUACUUCAAUAUCUUCCAAAGGAAAAUAAAACAUUUUGGGGACGGUAUGGUCCAUGGAUAUACAGUCCUCUUGUUUAUGCAUUCCUGUUUCAUGUUCAGUACAUUGUUAGAAUGAUAAUAUAUGCCAAAGGAUUUGACAAAGGUCCUUACAAAACAGAUUUCAUUCCUUUUAUAAUUCCUUCUCUUAUAUAUUUGUAUGGAGGCUGUCAAAUUCAAGAUGCUCUCAUAAUGUGGUUUUGGAUUACAAUUGUUUCAAGUUUCACUUUUUCUCUCAUUGGUUUAAACGCUGCUCACCAUCACCCAGAUAUCUUCCAUGAUGGAGAUAAACCAAGAGAAGAUUUAGAUUGGGGUGUUCAACAGUUAGAUGCAGUUCAAGAGAGACCAGUUAUAGCCAGAUCUCAUUUCCUAGCUCUUGUUACUUUUGGAAACCAUGGUCUGCAUCACCUCUUCCCAACAUUAGAUCAUGGACGUCUGGAUAAAUUAAUGCCAGUAUUUCUGAAAACUUGUGAAGAAUUUAAUGCUGAUUUUAAAGAGAAUACUGUUAUAGGACUUUUUAAAGGACAGUUUCAACAAUGUGCAAGAAAUACACCAAAUCUUAUACCUCCAGGUGGGAAAAAAAAGUAAAAUAUGGAGGUAUAAAGUAGACAACAAACAUACAUUACAAAUUAUAUUUACAAAACAUUUGAAAUCAUUUUAAAAUUUUAAAAUGUUCAACCAAAAAUGAAAAGCACACUAGUACAGUGUGAAACACAGGUAAUUAUUUUAUUUUGAAUGUUUUCCUUCAAGGGUUUUUAAACAUACACAUAAUUAUUUAAAACAUUUUAUCAACAGUUCUUUUUUAUCAGCUCAAAAUAUCAAAGAAAUCUGUCUACGUUGCAAAUUUCUGACAAUUCACUAAGAAAGCAUUUCUCAAACUUUGCAGAUCUGAGAUCUAGUCCAAAACAAAUCCUGUCUAGUUCAAAACACCAUAGAAAGUACUUGAUCUGGACAAAUAAUUCUAGGUUACUUAGUUAGUAAAUGCUGUUAUAAACACAAAAUGUAUUAAAAUGUACCUUACAGACAAGAAAUAAAAUCAUACAUUUUAGUAGUAAAGCCGCUUUGAUUUAGUCCCCUUUAAUCCUGUGAUGUAUUCAACAAAGGAGCCACGAAGGGGUAGCACAUUCAUUUUGUUUUGAAAAAAGAACUGAACAAAGGUUCUGUUGGAAUGAUACGCAAAUAAUUGCACUCUUUGUAAC